AGAAAUCCUUGAGAAACUGGCUGAAAGCAUCUUUCUGUAUGUUGCCUACCCCACAAGUGCGCAGUUAGCCGAUGUUGCUGAGGCACUAAUUCAGAAACAUCCUUGCCUUAAAGAACCAGGGUCAUAUAAUGGAUGCUACGCAUGGCAACAAAGACUGAAAUAUAAAAUGGCCAGCUAUAGAUCUAAAUUGAGAGGGCUUGGAUGUCCUGAGCUUGAUGUGAACUCUCUCAAAAAGAAGCGAGCACAUGAGAAAGCACCCGCAAAGAAUAUCAAAAAGCCAAAAAGGGCAGAGGUGAACUAUUUACCUCCUCACCCACAAGGAGAAACGGAAGGAACUUUGGAAAAUGUAAGAUUGGAGCUCCUUGAUGAAGUAAAGAAGAGGAGCAAGUGCCAGGUCAUCAGUGAGAAAAUGGCAAAGACAUUCUCCAUUCGCAGGCAGGAAGGUGUCAAUCAAGCACCAUCAAUCAGUGACUUGAGAGACCGAUGGCCUGGUCUUUUCGAUGCAACUCAGAUAAACAAAGAAUUCAGAAGGAUCACCACUGUUGGCCUUGAGACAACAUUCAUGGCAAAACUGGACCAAUAUACCCCGAAAAUAAUGGCACUGGUGUCGUCAAGAGGAGGAGCUGCAAAAAUGAAGAUUCAGCACAUAAAGAAAAUGCUGCUAGAGGAACCGUCUGUAGAAAGGAGGAGAGAAGCUGCAAUCCGUAGCUUAAUUGUGUACCUGAGAGAACAGGAACAGGAUCUCUUCAAAGAACAGUUGGAUGGUGAUGAAGUCGUGAAGAUUGCUGUGAGCAGAGGGUCAUCUGAACCAGCCAAUGCAACAGUGGUGAUUGAGGGAGAAGAAGUCCUGGAUGGCCUGACUGUCCCAAGAGCAUGUGCCUUGCGCAUGGGACUUAUGUAUGCACUCAACCUGUGCUACCCAAAAGAAAUAAAAAGCACUUUUGAGGCAUUUCAAAAGAUAUUCCUUGAGCUGGAUGCUCUGAGAGCUAGUCCCAAGGUAAUGUCUCUUAAAAGUAAACUGCUGUACUAAAAAUUAGGCUGCAUUCUAUUUCUGUAAAUGUUGGACUGUUAUAUUUGUGUUCGUUCUUGGUACAACAUACAGCACCUGUAUUGUUGCCAGUGGGUUACUGAUUAACACACACAGCUAAAACAAAUGCAGUUACAUGCAACAGUCAUUUCAUUUAAUGAUAAUUUUGAAAAAUUUUAAUUUUUUGUACUUUUGAGGAGUUAUCAAUAUUUAGACCUCCACUGAAAUACAUAUAGUGGGGCAAAAAAGUAUUUAGUCAAUCACCAAUUGCGCAAGUUCUCCCACUUAAAAAGAUGAGAGAGGCCUGUAAUUUGCAUCAUAGGUUCUCCUCAACAAUGAGAGACAAAACGAGAAAAAAAAUCCAGAAAAUCA